CCCUCUUUGCCUCUCUGUUUGACGCAGCUUCAACUCUCAACUUGCACAGCCGCUGACGAAGAAGAGACGACGAGCUUCCAUCAAUGGAGUCCAAGGGACAGAGCGCGCGCAACAAAGGAAAGAAACUGAAACGCAAAGAGGUUCUGGAGAAGAAGAAAGCAGUCGACGAGCUGGUAAGAGCGGCUUCUUCCGAAACCGACCAUCUCGUUUCCUUCCAGGCCUUCCGCCAUUACAACCGCAACGGUGUCUCCGUUUAUUUGGAUUGGGGACGUGGAGAUAGAUUAUCUUCUUCUGUCAAGCAGUAUGUGUACAACCUGCUUAAGGCCAACAUGGAAGGUCCUUUCGGAGCUGAGUGGCCUGCAGAGGAGAAGGUGAAGCGCCGGGAAAUGGUUGCUUCUGAAGCACGCUAUAUAUUUGUUCACGAUGUUGCGAAUGCCAGUGCUGACGGGAUGCCGUCGGUGGUUGAGGCAAAAAAAGAAGUUACUGAUAGCAUGUUGGAGAUUGUAAGCAUUGUCGGGUUUGUUCACUUCCGUUUUCUUGUGGAGGAAGAAAUACCUGUCCUCUACGUGUAUGAGAUACAGCUUGAGCCUCAUGUCCAAGGGAAGGGGCUGGGUAAAUUUUUGAUGCAGUUGAUUGAGCUUAUCGCUAGAAAGAAUCGCAUGGGUGCUGUGGUACUUACGGUACAGAAAACCAAUUUGUCAGCUAUGAAGUUCUAUACUAGUAAGCUGAGAUACAUUGUAUCAUCAAUUUCACCCUCAAGAGUCAAUCCAUUGCUGGGCAGUGAGGCAAGCUAUGAAAUUCUUUGCAAAGCAUUUGAACCCGAAGCCAAAGCUGUGUUGGAGGAAGGUGAUUGAAGCGACUGACAAUGACUGUUGAGCCACCCUCUUGUUUAGAUCAACUCAGUGCUGCUUGGGAGAAACAAAAGGCGUUGUUAGUUUCUGGCACUGAGGAUAUUGCAACUUCUUGCUGAAAUUCUGGUGGAGAUCUUUGCCGUGAAGUACAUUUGAAAGGUUUGAGGCCCUUGUUGAAUUCCUGCUUCAUAUCGAAGCACGAGGGGCGUCGUUCUUCUCAUUCCUGGCUCAAUUAGCUCAUGCUUUGCGUCAUGCUAAAUCUUUCAACAUCUAUUACAGAUGCCAUCAAUUUUAUGUAUCCGACCAGGUGGAGGGAACUGUGUCCAAAUUGUCCUGGAUACAGUUUAUUGAUGUUUCCAGUGCCAUAUUGUACACUAAAUGUAACAAAAUGAACCCCGAAAAUGAUGCUUCUUAUUUGUUGCCUGAUUCAGCCUUGAAACUCUUCUUGCAAA